UGUCAAAGAUAUGAUUGAUAAUCGUCUGAACCUUAGAUUUAAAAUGUAUUUAGCGAGAAAUCACUUCAGUAUUAAUGGCGCGUCUACUUUCGAAGUCAAGUAUCCGCUAGCAAUUCUCUUUAAAGGAAAUCCAUCUUGAUGAUUAUAAAAUGCAAAAAUGUUGAACACUUCAUUAAAUCACACGAUUGUUGCAAAAUGGCAUUGAUAUUGUCUUUACGUCUUGCUCAUUAUCCUAACCCACUAUUGACAGAACUGGAGAAGUCCCGACAAAAUAAAGGCACCCGAAGGAAGCAAGGUGAUGCGAGCGCUAAACUGAUUACGUAAAACAGCUU